AUGGCUUCCCUGUCCUGGGCUUGGAGCGAGGGAUCGUGGUAUGUUGCGGACUACGCCAAGUCUGCACGAUCGAGUUGCAAGGAGUUCCGCUGCAAGCAAAAGAUCAACAGUGGAGAGCUUCGGAUAGGUCUUGAAGCUCCCGAGAACGACCACCGCGGCAGCCAGCUUGGCUGGUACCAUCCGGGCUGCCUCUGGAAGACCUUUAAAUACAAAUCCAAUGCCAAUAAGGAGAUUACAUCAACGGGAGACAUCCAUGGAUUUCAGAAGCUCAAAGCAGACGAUCAAGCCAAGAUAAAGAUGCUGCUGGAAGGGAGGCAAUCGGAUGAGCCCCCAGUCGGGGCCUUGGCCCCUGCUGCUUCCGCUGCCUUGCGCCGAAAGGUGAUUUCGAAAAUAGAAGGGAACCAGAUGACCCUUACAGGUGCUACCUUCCAUUUCAAGGAGGACUUGAAGAAGUUUGGUGCAAAGUUCGAUGGUGAGACCAAAGCCUGGGUCAUCACGAAACAGGAAAACGAUUCUUUCGACGAUGUGUUGAAGUUUUUUGCUGGAGACGGCCAAGAGAAAAGUGGCGUAGGGUCCUCCAACAAACGUCAGAGGACUUGA